CGCAAAUGAUUGGCCAACAGUUUUUCUAUGAGCGUUCAUUCUCGCUCUGAAAACGCCAAAUACGCUUUCAAACCAAAAUGGAGGAUUUGUCGGUCGAGGUGUACGGUGAAAAUGGUGCUUAUUAUAAGGCCAUUGUCACCGACGUGCUCGACAACGAGGUUCUCGUAGCCUUUGAAAAUGACUGGCAGCCGGAAUCAAAAUUUCCUUUUUCUCAAGUGUUCUUACCACCUAAAGACACCGGCCAACACACGGAAUUUGUGAUAAACCAAGAGGUGGAGGUAUUUGCAAGAUCGAACGACAAAGAAGCAAAUGGGUGGUGGACAGCAAAUAUCAAGAUGAUGCGCGGGGAAUUCCUAGUGAUAGAAUACCUGGAAUGGGACAACUGUUUCUCGGAGAUCGUGGCCGCAGACCGGCUGCGGUUGAAGACGCCCAAGACGCCCAUCGACAAGAACACCUUUCACAAGUUCGAAAUACCUGUGCCCGAUGAUCUCAAGGAAUACGCGAAUGUGGAGAACGCGCACAAGGAGUUCCAGAAGGCGAUCGGCGCGGCGCUGGUGUGGUACGUACCGGAGCGCGGUACGCUGGCCGUCAUCUCGCGCUGUGAAACCUCUCAGAAGCGUGCCACCAUGCUGCAGGAGAUGCACUUCAGAAACUUAACACAGAAGCUGCUAUUAUUAAAAAAGACUGAGGAGGCAGCUAGACAGUUGGAAUCGACGAAAAUUCACAGUCAGGGAGGGUACUCGGACGAGUUCAGCGUGCGCGAGGAGCUGAUGGGGCUGGCGAUCGGCACACACGGUGUGAACAUCCAGCAGGCGCGCAAGGUGCCCGGCGUCACCAACAUCGAGCUGGAGGAGGUGACGUGCACCUUCAAGAUCUGCGGCGAGUCCGCGGAGGCUGUGCGGCGCGCGCGCUCUCUGCUGGAGUACGCCGAGGAGUCCAUCAUGGUGCCGCGCGCCCUCGUCGGCAAGGUCAUCGGCAAGAACGGCAAGGUCAUACAGGAGAUCGUCGACAAGAGCGGCGUCGUCAGGGUGAAGGUGGAGGGCGACAACGAGCCGCAGCCGUCGGCGCCGCGCGAGGAGGGCAUGAUGUCCUUCGUGUUUGUCGGCACGCGGGAGAACAUCGCCAACGCCAAGGUGCUCGUAGAGUACCAUGUCGCACACCUCAAGGAGGUGGAGCAGCUGCGCGCGGAGAAGCAGGAGAUCGACCAGCAGCUGCGCGUGGUGCUGAACGGGCCGGGCGCCUCGUUCCCCGCGCCGCGCGGAGCACCCGCAACGCGCGCGCGCCGCCCCCGCCCGCCGCCGCAGAGGUACCCGCCAGGCGGCAGACGGACGACGCCGGAGCUGGGCGAGGAGCGCGGCGACAGCGGAGGAGGGUACCGCGGUAGAGCUCGUCCGCCGCGACCCAACAGGUCUAGUGAGCGACGCGGUGAGGAGCGGCGCGUACCGCUGGAGAACGGGCGCGCCCAUCACCCUCGCCCGCCGCGCGACCAGCGCGAGCCCCGGGAGCCACGAGAGCCCCGGGAGCCUCGCGACCAGCGCGAUACUAGCGGGCGGCGGCGCGAGGGGGGACGCGAGGGAGGACGUGAGGGAGGUCGCGAGGAGCGGCGGCGGCCGACUGAUGAGGAAGCAGCCACCACUGAUGUACAGGACGUCUCCAGCGCCGACAGAGAGUCGGCGUCGUCGGAGGAGGGACGCGCGGCCAGCGAGGGCGGCGCGAGGAGGCGCCGGAGACGUCGUACUGGAGGCGGCGGUGGCGGCGGCGGCUGGAAGAACGGUGUGGGCGGCGCGGGUGCUGCGGGUGCUGCGGGUGCUGCGGGCGCUGCGGGUGCUGCGGGUGCUGCGGGCGCUGCGGGCGCUGCGGGCGGCGAGGGCGACAAGCGGUCCAGCAAGCGACGCUCGCCGCUGGCCAAGCCGAAGCCCGAGGCGCUGGUGAACGGCACCGCGUAG